CAACAGGUUGUUUCGCACUGACAGUUUAUUGUGGACUAUCCAUCCUCGCUCUCAAGUGAGUUUUUUAGUUCAAAACAAACCUAAAAACGCUUUAUUAUUGCUUUUACCCUCAUAAAUCUACCCGGUACCGCUGAGGCUUUCAAUAAACAGAACGCAACAAUGAGCUCACUGUCUGCAGACAGAAAGACCCCUCUGGACUAUGGUGUCCAGAUACGCUUCAUCAAAGAUCUGGACGAUGCCGGUGGAGGGUUCCCAGACAAGAGUCGAAUGGCCAGUGGAGUUAGCAAUGGGACUUCCUCGCCCUCUAAGUAUGGAGUAGCCGUGAGGGUGCAAGGAAUUUCAGGACAGCCGUACGUGGUGCUCCAGGACGGGGAAAAGGGAGACUCAUACGGGGUACAGCUGAAGACUCAACAGACCCAGAGCUCAAACCCAAUCGUCUCUCGGCCUUCCCCAUACCGCAGCUUGUUUCCAGGACAAAGGGAAGGUGCUCGAACUCCCCAGGAUCUAAAAUCUGGCCAGUCUGUUUCUCCACAUGAGGAAUGUGGGAGCCCUUUUAGAAGGCCACCUGGUGACGGACAAGCAGGGAACCAAGGAGAGGUUGAAGCCAGGAUAACAGAACGUCUCACGUUUUCUACACCACCUCCCAGGUUGGAGAAAAAAAACAGUGAUGAUUAUAAUGAAGCAGGGCUUAGGAAGAUCAAGCAAAACGGGAUUGCUGGUAGUCUAAAUGGGGCGGGGAUAAAUGGGGCACUCUCUCCGGCACCUUCACUGGAUGAGGAACCAGCACAGCCUAUUGACACCAAGUCAUUGGCUCCCAUUAAUAAACUCAUUAACCGGUUUGGUGGCGGUGACAUUCCCACUUCAGACACCCGAUCUCCUCCUCGCUUUGAUAGAGAGCGAAUGCGGUCUCACAGUUUGGAUUUUCUGAACAAACCCAACGAUGACCCCACACCAACGUCGCCAACUAUAAACCCCUAUGCUUCCAUUACACCAGCUACAGUGCCCAAACUCAACUCGCCCAAACCUUUAAACGGCAGUCUAGGACGAGAUUCCACUUCUGUCGCUAAAGUGACCGCCAUUCCCAAUUCCAAACCGCUUGCCUUUAGCCAAUCCCCAAAGUUGUUUGUUCCUAAGGAGGCACCACCUGCUUUACCCAAGAAACCAGUGACACCUGACCUUAUAAAGAGCCAGCCCUCGAGCACAGAGAUUGGAAAUGAUGAGGAUGCUCAGACCAAACAAGCAAUUUUCAACAUUCUUAAAGAAGGGUCUGUUGAGAGUGAAGCCACCAUCAAACGCAAAGUGAGCCUCAUUCACGAAAGGUUCUGUGGAGUAAAGGGUCCUCAGAUUCUGGUGACUGACAGCAAUGUAAAGACCGAACUGGAACAGGCUUUGAACAAGAACGCACAGUUUCAACAAAUGCUGGACAAGAGCAAGAGAGAACUGCUGGAAACCCAGGACCAAUUGGUGGAGCUGCGGAUGGACAGAGAGAGGGCGGAGUCUCGCUUACGGAUGCAGGAAGAUGAGUUGGCUCACCUCCAGGAAGAGCUCAGGAGAAUGUCGGAAAAUUUACCCCAGUCUGACACAUUGCGAUUGGAUUUGAUGACAGUCCAGGCAGAUCUGUCCGAGUCUCUGAUGCUGAGACAGAAAGUGGAGGACACUUUGAGACAGAGAGAGCGAGAGCUCACCGCUCUGAAAGGAGUCCUGAAGAACGAGGUGGAGUCACACGAUAAAGAGAUGGAGGCCUUGAGGGAGCAGUACAGCCAAGAUAUGGAGGCGUUGCGUCACAGCAUGGAGACCGUCUCACAGUCUCAGCUGGAGAUCGAGGAGGAACGUCAGAAGGUCAACUCCUCCAUCUUGGCUCUGGAGAAGGAGCUGGAGGGUUACAAAGAUCAGAGCGACCACUGGAAAGAGAAGUUCAGUUCAGUUAACCAAGAGCGGGGGCAGCGCAGUGCACUUCAGAAACUGCUGCAGGCUCAGCAAGACAAGAAACAACUCGAAGAGAAACUUCAGGCAAUUAAAAAUCAAACUGAUCAAACAGAUUCAAACUCUUUAACACGGGAGUUGAAGUGCUGCCAAGAUGAUUUAAAUAAAGCUCGUUCAGAACUGGACAGACAAAAAGCAGUGAUCGUGAAAAAAGAGGAGGAGCUUAAAUCAGUAACGAAAGCCAAUCAGGAGCAAGUACAUGAACUGCAAAGAGAGAUUGACAGACUAAAAGACCAAUCAAAGAACGACAAAGAAGAACUUGCAAAAGCGCUGGAGAAGAAACAACAGACCUCCACUUCUGGUUCAUCUUCUGAAACCUACCUGGAACUCCAAGAGGACAACGCUCGCUUAAGAGAGAGACUUGCUCGCGUGACACGUCUGCAAUCCAGCGGUCCUGACAGCAGCUUCUCAGACGUUCUUGAGGAGGAGAACCGAAGUCUGAGGACCCAGCUGGACGAAUCCCGGCGCACGGUGUCACGUCUCGGACAGGAGAAAGAAGAUGUCAGCCGGCGGCUCGAGGAGAGGGAGAGAGAGAGAGAAGCUCUGAAACGCGGGAAGAUCGACUUGGAGGAGCAAAAGAGACUGCUGGACCGGUCACUAGAGAAGAUAACUAAGGAGAUGGAAGCUAUGAUGGGAGAUUCACGUCAAUCUGUGCAGGUCCUUCAGUCUCAGCUGGAUGAGUAUAGAGAUCGCUCCCGUCGAGAGCUUCAGGAAGCUCAGAAACUCAGUAAAGAGAGACUUACCGAGCUGCAGAGAUCUCAGGCACUUCUCAAAACCACUCAGGAUGAGGUGUCUCGUCUGAAGAAAGAUCUUUCAUCAUGCUCAGAAGAGAGGGAUAGUGCUCAGCUGGAUAAAGAUCUGCUUAGUAGCCGUCUCAAGAACCUGGAGAGUGAGGUGGAGACCAAGAAAAGCUCGUACACGGAUCACAACAGGGAGAUCCGCCUGCUGGAGGACAAAGUGAAAACAUUAGAGAUCGAGCUGGAUGAAGAGAGGAGUGGAACGGAUCUACUGAAUGAACGCAUCACUCGCGGUCGGGAACAGGCGGAUCAGCUCCGCUCUGAGCUGAUGCAGGAACGUUCAGCAAGACACGACCUUGAAAUGGAUAAGAGUGCCUUAGAGAGACAGGUAAAAGAGCUGAAGUCUCGGCUGGCUGAUUUUGGCACUCAGACUCGACCUUCUGCUGGAGUUUCACUGUUAGAAAAUAAAGUUCAGGAGCUGGAGGAUCGAUUGCGUAGUGAAGAGAGAGAGAAAAACACAAUUCUGGCAGCUCAGAAAAGACUGGACAGAAAACUUAAGGAUGUGACCGCAACCCUGGACCAGGAGCGAAAUCAACACGCCGGACAGAGAGACCAGCUGUCUCUGCGGGUGAAGGCUCUGAAGCGUCAGCUGGAUGAGAGCGAGGGAGAGGUGGAGCGUCUGGAGAGCAUCAGACGAAAGGUUCUGCGGGAGCUUGAAGAGCAUCGGGAGCAGCAGGAGGUUCUGCAGGCCAAAGUGAACGCGCUGGAUAAUGAGCUCAAGAGGAAAGUCCAGCAGUCACGACGCCCAACUUUCGGAUCCACCCUGAGUUCUGAGGACGAGGACAGUUACUCUGAUUCGAAAAGCAUUACGUCCAUUCUGACUGAAACCCCACUCCAGACCACCAAUUGUUAGCGAGAUAAAUGUGCACAUGUUUACUAUUUUCUACUAAAUGUAAAAAUGAUGAAAAUAACAUGGAAGAUUGCUGCUCUUCAAUAUAUUACAAAGAGUUAUGAAGGAUAAAACUGAAGUAAAUUAAGCACAAUAUGAAUGUGAAUGGUGAAAAGCUCGUGUGGACUUUCCCACAUGAUGUAAUGUCGUCGAGCCCCAUGAAAAGUGUUACAGAACAAAAGCAGACAGUGCUCUAAAUGUUCUUGACUGUGUCCGAAAUAGCUCCCAGACAUUUUGUAGCGAUGUCCGAAAUUAUAGGAAACAUAAUCGAGUUUACCUACCACUAAUCUCUGUGAGGCGCGCGUGCCUGAACUCCCGCGUCUCGUCACAAGAUGGCGCCCGCAGUGCUUUCGGCUGUAUGUGGGCUAUUUCCGAAACAGUCUUUGUUUUUGCUGUGUUUGAGUGUCAUGAUACAUUUGUUUUAAGAAGUUUUAUUUGUACAACACGUAAGUUGUUAACUUGGGGAUUUUGCAUUCUUGUACUUUUUUGUACGGUAGUAGGCCUACUGAAUGUCCCAGUCGUAUGAUGUGAAGAUUUAUGAAGGAUUUCUCGACAUACGGUACAUGAUGGAAUGUAUAAACAUACAAAAAUGGUGCAGAUUCACAAAUGGUACUUAGACUUACAUUAUAGUUAUUCUGAAGCCUCAAAUCAUAAAAUUUCAUAUGUACACACAUCAAUCUGGAUGAUUGACAGCUUUUGUCCUCUUUGUCCUCUAUUGGGAUAAACAACAUUCCUAAGAAUGAUUUCUCAUGUGUUCCAGUGAAGAAUUCAUACUGUAUGAGUUUGGAAUGGCAUGACUUAUGAUGUGAGUAAAUGAUGACAGACACUUUUGUGUUUCCUUAAUGCAAACUAUAGCAGCCUAAUGAAGGACUUUUAUUUUUAACUCAUGCAAAUGAAUUCUACAGAACUGAACUUGACAACAUUCGUGCCAAGACAGAAAAAGAAACAUCUUUUGAUGUAAUGGCUUUAAAAUGAAAAAUAUUUGCCUUAACUUUUCAGACACUGCUAUCUCAAGCUGCUUUUUAAUAAUUUUAAGAAUCUAAAUAAACCUUUCUGAAGUUUUUUUUUAAUCUCUUUAUAUGAGUGUUUUGGAAGACAUAUUUUCUUUUACACUAUAAAAUAUUACAUUUAUAUGUGUAUAUACUGUCUCAUGUUUAAAGCUCUGCUAUGU